ACAAGAGUUCAAUAAUUGCUGAUUCAAAGACGUAGAGGACAAAGCAAUGUUUGCCAAAACAUAAACAAGCCCCUCUUCAAAUUAGUGUAUCACAACAAUGCAUCAUUUCCUGUUUGAGAGAAAUUGCGACGAACAAAGACAAACAAAGUUAACAAAGUAUCCUUUGUAAAGGACAGGAUAAUAUAAAAAAAAAUUAAAUAAAGUGUGUACCAAAUUUGGAAACUAGAAUUCCCCCAGAAGCGACCACCGACUCGCCGGAAUCAAGGUUAUGUUGGUAAAUAAAGGAAUCAGCUGUUCGAUUUGACAUUCGGUUUUCAUAUGCGGACUGAACAAAAAUCAAAGUGAAAUUCUCGUUGCACAAAACAUUUUCCAAUCACUGAAUCCGAAAGUUUCGACCUGUUUUCCAUCCGAAAUCCAGCACGCCGGACUCAUUUCGCCACUGAACAGCAAAAGCAGUGCACAGUCUCAAGAUGAGUGACAACAUCCCAAACCGUAUUUCUGAUCCAAAGAAUGUUGAGGGGGCCAGGAUCCGGUCGCAGAGUGAAUGCUCUGCUGCUAGUGAUGAUGAGAAUUUUUCCAGAAGGCAGAAGGCUACAUUCAUGGUGUCUUCUGGGUUGACCUCAGCAUCACCACCUAAAUUUGUCUCUCUGGAGGAGAUUAUGCAGGCAGCUAACAGCAUGCAGGAUAUGGCACUGGUUCAUCAAAUUGUAGUUGACAAGGAGUUCAGAUUGGAGAGGCAUGAACCUGAACCAGAUAGUGUUCACAAAGUGAUUAAGGAUACUAUGCAUAGAGCCUACUGGGAUCUGCUAAGGAGAGACAUCAGUCAGGAUCCUCCAAAUUAUGAUCAUGCUCUGGUUCUGCUCAACGACAUCAGACAGGGUUUGUUUGAUCUGCUGUUGCCGCAGCACACGAAACUACGGCAACAGAUUACCGAAGUUCUGGAUCAGGAUCUGAUCAAGCAGCAAGCGGAGAAAGGCAUACUGGAUUUCCAGUAUUUUGCCAAUUACGUGGUAACCGUGAUGGGUAAGCUUUGCGCUCCGGUGAGAGAUGAGAAGAUCGUUGAGCUGACCAAAAUUGAGGACGUGGUGGAAACGUUCAAAGGAAUAUUGGAGACUCUGAACUUGAUGGCCCUGGAUAUGGCGAACUUCGCUAUAGAAAUGGCCAAACCAGAUAUCAUCGCGCACAGCGUGGAACUGGAAAGGAAGAAGUUUGCCGAUUUUUUGGCAAUACAACCUGAUGGUCUUGAAUUCACAAGGAAAUGGAUUUUGAAGCAUUUAGAUACUUCGAUUCAGAAACCAAGUAGCAUUGAUCAUACUACGUACGUGAGGAAUUUGACUAAGGAGACGGUUAUCAGGGCUGCAAUAGAUCUCAUCGAGUGGGAGCUAAACGCGCCGUAUCCGGAGACGUUUAUGCUGGAUGUAACCAGAUUGGAAGAUUUGCGGCUUAGAACGGAGCGCUUGGUUAUUACCGGCACCGUCUUGCUAGUCACCAUGAGUUUAGUAGGUCAGAAUCUGAACACCUUGGCAUCGUUUAAGGAAUCGCUAAAGGAGCAUUGCUGCAUCAUAAUGCAAUCGUAUGCUGAACCAGAUAAUUUGAAGGAGCUUCUACCGAAUAUUGCAGUGCAGGCGAUCAAAGACGCGAAGGAGAAUAUAGAGCAGCACAAGUUCUCGCCGAUGAGCGAAUCCGAUGAGAAAACACUUACGGAUUCCAUCGCGGACAUCGGGAACGACAGCAACAAGAUCAAGCAGUUGGUCAGACAAAGAAUCAAAGAGUUUUAUGAACAAAUAAUUGCGUCCUCGACGGCGGCCCCUCAGAAGGUCCCGGCCGGUCUGAAUGCCCUUCAGAAGGAACUGACCGCCAUCGCCGGACAAUUCCUGAGAAUCAUUUCUCACAACAGCAGCGUGUUUUGCAUUUACUAUUACGAUAUUGUAGAAGGUGCACUGCCUAAGCCAGCUUAAAUAUAUUUUACACACAUAAUCCGCUAACGUGUAUAUUUAUUUUAGAGAAAUUUUGUUAUGUACUAUUAUUUUUUUGUUUUGUUAAUUCGAUUUUGAAAUUGUUUUAGCUGGAUCUAAAAUCGUUAUAUCUCUCGGUGUAGACUAAUGAUGUGAUUAUAUUUUCUUAUUAAGUGAACUUAUUAUAUGCAAGUUUAUAUAACCCAGUAAUAAUCUAGGGUGUAAUGUACUUUAUCGCUGAUUCCAACAACUUUUUAAUAUGUAUUGUUUAUGUUAUUAAUUAUUAAUAGUUCGUUGCAUUUUUAUGUUCA